CAUGUGUAAGGAUUUCUCUUCAUGUUUAUUCUGCGGGCUGGGCAGAAUUUAGUGUAACGUUGAUACACAUCAUGAUACUUUGAUAUAAGAGUAAGUUCACUAUUUUCAUAAUGAGCCCAAAUCUGAAGGCUUUUGUAGUAUAUUUUAAAAGGGAAAACUUACCCAAAUGUUUUAUUUCUACACGUUUGUGUAUAUGUGUGUGUGUGUGUAUAAGCCAGUUAGUAUAUAUGUAUAUGUAUAUUAUAUACAUAAAACACUUUAUAUUUUUUCAUACAAGUAUGCUUUUAUUAUACAGAUAAUAAAGAUGGGGGAAGGUUUCUGUUUUUUUCUUAAUAGGUGAAGAAAUCUUGAAGACCAGAAAUUGGAUCUUAUUGAAUUUUGGUGUUCUUUUUCUUUUUUCUUUUUCUUCUUUCUUUUUAAAUUAUAUUGUUCGGCUAUGGAAGAUGGAUUUUUUUUUCAAUAUCCUUUGAUUCUGAAGUUCAUCUUUAAAUGAACUCUCUUUUUGUUGGUUUUUAUUUUUGUUUUUGUUUUUGUGGAGAUAACUAAGCCUAGCUUGUCUCCAGUCUGACAAAGGUUAUUCGAACGGACUUAAUCUCCCAGUAGUUGGGAGAUGUUUUAAAAACACGUCCUGUGUUUGAAUUGUGGCUGAGAGGUUUCCUUGGCAAUGUGAGGAGGAAAAUUCUUUCUGCCCCAUUAUUAUUAAUUCAUGGAUUGAGUGUUGAUUCGACCUACAGGCGUAAUAGAUUGGAACUCAGUGAAGACACAGAGGUUCCUGUUGAGAGCAACCAGCUAAUGAUUGCAUUUUAAAGACGAUUUCUGUGAUUGAGUUGUCUUUUGGAAGAUUAAACCCAUUUCAAAAGGACUUGGAGCUGGUCCUCGCCUUGAGGAAGCAGUGGCUUGUUUUCAGGAAGCCACUUUCUGAUCUAAGGAUCUACCCAGCAUGCCUAAUCAAGGAGAAGACUGCUAUUUUUUUUUCUAUUCUACAUGUACCAAAGGUGACAGCUGCCCCUUCCGUCACUGUGAAGCUGCACUAGGAAAUGAAACUGUUUGCACAUUAUGGCAAGAGGGGCGCUGUUUUCGACAGGUGUGCAGGUUUCGGCACAUGGAGAUUGAUAAAAAACGUAGUGAAAUUCCUUGUUACUGGGAAAAUCAGCCAAUGGGAUGUCAGAAACUAAACUGCGCUUUCCAUCACAACAGAGGACGUUACGUUGAUGGCCUUUUCCUACCUCCAAGCAAAACUGUGUUGCCCACUGUGCCUGAGUCACCAGAAGAGGAAGUGAAGGCUAACCAGCUCACGGUUCAACAGAACAAAUUGUCUGUCCAGUCCAAUCCCUCCCCUCAGUUGCGAAGUGUUAUGAAAGUAGAAAGUUCAGAAAAUGUUCCUAGCCCAACCCAUCCACCAGUUGUAAUCAAUGCUGCAGAUGAUGAUGAAGAUGAUGAUGAUCAGUUUUCUGAGGAAGGUGAUGAAACCAAGACACCCAUCCUGCAACCACCUCCCGAAGUUCAUAAUGGAUUACGGACAGCCUCUGCCCGGAAACCUGGGGUCAAUUUGAAGCAAGGUGAAUGUUUGAAUUUUGGAAUAAAAACUCUUGAGGAAAUUAAGUCAAAAAAAAUGAAGGAAAAAUCCAAGAAGCAAGGCGAAGGUUCUUCUGGAGUUUCCAGUCUUUUACUCCAACCUCAGCCCAUUCCAGGUCCUGAAAAAGAGAAUGUCCGGACUGUAGUGAGAACAGUAACUCUUUCCAGCAAACAAGGAGAAGAACCCUUGGUAAGAUUGAGUCUCACCGAGAGACUGGGAAAACGAAAAUUUUCAGGUGGCGACAGCGAUCCUCCAUUAAAGCGUAGCCUUGCACAGAGAUUAGGGAAGAAAGUAGAAGCUACAGAAACUAACACUGACAAAGCACCAAAGAAAGAGAGAGUCACUAAAGUUGGUGAGAUCCAUGUGAAGACAUUGGAAGAAAUUCUUCUUGAAAAAGCUAGUCAGAAACGUGGAGAAUUGCAGCCUAAACUCAAGACAGAAGGACCUUCAAAAGUUGAUGAUUCCACCUUAGGAACAAGAAGCCCCUCCACUAUCCGAAUCAAAACCUUCUCUGAGGUCCUGGCUGAAAAGAAACAUCGGCAGCAGGAAGCAGAGAGACAAAAAAGCAAAAAGGAUGUAACUUGCAUCAAGCUAAAGACCGAUAGUGACAUUAAAAAAACAGUGGUUUUGCCAUCUAUAGCUACCAGCAAAGGACAAUCAGAGGAGCCCACAGGUAGAACAAAGUCUAUGCAGGACGUGCACAUCAAGACACUGGAGGAAAUUAAGCAGGAGAAAGCACUGCGGGGACAGCAGGGCACUGAGAGCAGCACCAGCUCCCAGCCUCAGCCUGAGGCCAUCCCAGGGCCAAGGAGGCUUCUCCGAAUCACAAAAAAAACAGGUAUAAAAGAAGAGAAGAAACUUCAAGAAGGCAGUGAAGUUGCUUCUCAGAGCAGUGUUGCUAGAACGGAAGCUAAAGAGACUUCAGAAGAGACCACAGGAGUUGGCAUCACUAAAAUUCAAGUCAAGAGAUGUGAGACCGUGAGAGAGAAGCAUAUACAGAAGCAGCUGGAGAGGGGAACCUCACAGAAGGAAAAAUCAGUUUUGACACCUCUUCGAGGAGACGUAGACUCUUGCAACACUCAGAUAGCAGAGAAGCCAGUGCUCACUACUAUGCCAGGCAUCACACGGCACCUGACAAAGCGGCCUCCCACAAAGUCAUCCCAAAAAGCAGAGGUAGAAACCUCAGGGAUUGGGGACUCAAUAUUGAAUGUGAAAUGUGCAGCACAGACCUUGGAAAAAAGGGGUAAAGCUAAACCCAAAGUCAAUGUGAAGCCAUCUGUGGUUAAAGUUGUCUCGUCCCCCAAGUUGGCCCCCAAACGCAAGGCAGUGGAGGUCCACCCUGCUGUCAUCGCAGCUGUGAAGCCGCUCAGCUCCAGCAGCAUGCUACAGGAAAGCCCCACCAAAAAAACCGCUGUGGCAGUUCCACUCCUUUCUGAGGACAAGUCAGUCACUGUGCCUGAGAUGGAAAAACCUAGAGACAGUCAUGUGCUGCCUCCAACCCAGUCUUCUUCAGACUCCUCUCCACAGGAAGUCUCUGGCCCUUCUUCAUCCCAAAUAGCCACGAAAACUCGCCGACUCAGCUCUACCUCAACAGGAAAGCCCCCACUCUCUGUUGAGGAUGAUUUUGAGAAACUAAUAUGGGAGAUUUCAGGAGGCAAAUUAGAAGCUGAGAUCGACUUGGAUCCUGGGAAAGAUGAAGAUGACCUUCUGCUUGAGCUAUCAGAGAUGAUUGAUAGCUGAAGGUGGUGGAACAUUUAAAAAAAAAACACACACACACACACACAGAACUGGACUUAGUUUCAUCUAUUAUAACAUUUACCCAAGAUGAUCGUUUCUUUAGUCUAGAAUUUGCCCCAAAUCAGAAGUAUACCUCUGAAUUACCUGUAUGUGUCCUGGAUUCCUUGGGGUCAGAUUUUUAAAGUCCCUUGAUAACCAUUUUGUCCAUUCGAUGCCAUGGGUUAACAUCUGUGAGAAAAACGUUCUGUCUUACACCUCUUCACAAAAAAACUGAGAGGGAGAGCCAAGUCAAAGAGUGCACAAGAACUUAGUGACUCCUUGAGGUGUUUGUCAGUUUGGGCUGUUUUCCCCUUUGCUGUAGUAUUUCUUUUAUGUAUUGUCUUAAUGUACUUAUUAUGUGACCUGAGUUUGAAAAGGAAGAAGACCAGCUGCUGCCAGUAAGGACCAAAUUUCACACUACCACUAAACAAAAGACCCACUCCGUCUGUGUUAAAUUGUAUGUCUUUUUAAAGGUAUUUGGAGAUUCGACUAAGCUUUAGAGAAGGCUGAGCAGCUCUGGAAGCUUGUAAUCUGGACAUAACCUUUUCAACCUGAUUUCCAUGCUUCUGCUGCUCUGUAAGCCUCUGAAGAGCAAUAGCUAAUUUAUUAUUACUGUAAUUUUUUAAGGCUUUAAAGUGCCUCCGGGGUCCUCUGAAACUAAUUUUCUAUUUCUCGGAUUCCCUGGGACUCUUCAUAAGAGAUGGUGACAUAAUGAUUAGAAGAAUUCUUCUUUUAGCAUGAAAAGUUGUCCCUUCUCUUCUUCAGUACUUGCCUCCUGCUGGCAUUGAAUUAUCACAGGGAUAAAAAUUGGUUGAUUUUUUACUUCUCUCACAGCAAACUCCUCUUGCCCAGUAUUUAUUUGGUGCCCUUUAACCGCCAGAGGGAGGCGGAAAUGAACUCCUCCAAGCUGCCAAUAUGUAUCUCUGGACUCUAGCGGUACACUGAAUUGUACUGUAGUGGGAUUAUUGAGAUGCUCUGGGGGUGUAUUGUAUACCUUCCAGUUUUCUUCAUUUAUGAAUUGAAUUUUCUUUUCUUGAUGUCCGUCUCCUUCAUAUCACCUCAAGGUUCAGACUUGUGAAGGAACAAGUAUGAUGGGGAUAAGAGUCUUGAAAGGAGACCUACUGUACGUAAUCAGAAGAAGAGGAAAGAAGGACUUGUCCAUUUUGAUAUUUUGCUGUAUAGGUGGCCAGUUUUGUUUCUCAUAGGGAAAUCUGACCCACCUGUCGUGUUGGCUCCUAAGGAACUGCUGUUGUAAGCGGCUCAUCGAGAGUUGAACUUCAUGUAGCCUUGUUGGGAAUAUGGUAAAGGAAGAAAGCCACGGGACUGCCCAUUCAGUCUUGGGAAGAUCUGGAUGAUUCUGCACACGCAAAAAUGACUUGAAAUUUAUGUAUAGACACCUCUCUACCAAUCCAUCUUCAGCUGACUGAAUGUUGUAUGAUAGCCCUUCUCCAAAGCAGGGGUGGAAUGUUCUGGUUUCACCACAGAUUUUCUACUCCUUUCAUUUUUGGAAUCAGCUUAAAGAUUCCAGGUCCCUUUUGUAUAUAACCUUUAUUUCGCUUUUUUAAAGAUAAUUUUGUUUCAUAUUUAAAGUCCUUGUAUUAGUCACUGAUUCAUGUUCAGCAUUAUUUGAACCAUUUGCCAUUACAAGAAAGAAAAAUACUUAUUUGUGUUUUAAAUAAAACUGGUGUAGGAAAGUCUGGA